UUCCCCAAAACCUCUCUCUGUCUCUUUCUCUCUCUCUCUCUCUCUCUCUCUCUCUCUGCUUCUCCUUCUCUACAUUCAUAUAUAGAGGGAGGGAGAUGGGUGGCCCACUGGGGGCAAUCAUAGGGAGGUAUCCGACGGCUAGGAGGGGAGACACCCACCAGAUGAUGGGUGGUGAUGAUGGCAGCAGUAGCAUCAUAAGGCAGGACAGGAAAUGCAGGGACCUGGUCUUCCUCUUCCUCUUCAUUGCUUUCUGGGUGGCAAUGAUCGUAAAUUCCAGCUUCGGUUUCAACCAAGGAAACCCUCUCAGGCUAAUGUACGGGCUGGACUACAAAGGAAAUGUUUGUGGGAGCAGGCACGCAAACCUGGAUCUCCGUGAGCUGGAGGUUAGGUACUGGCUAAAUCCCAACCAGGUUUACCAAAGCGGGCAGAGAAACAGCCAGUUCAAGCUGGCUGAUGCUAGAAGCAUCUGCUUGAUGGAAUGCCCCACUGCUUCUGAUGACACUCUCAAUUGGGUCUGUGAUUAUCCAGAGGGAGAUAUUCGCAUCUUGUUGGAUGAUUGGAUUGAUAGGAAUUACGAUUAUUACGAGUUCCUUACGCCAGAUAUGAGGAACAGCUCACUUCAGCUCCAAGGCCCAUGUUACCCUGUCAUAUUCCCUAGUGUAAAUGUUUUCUGGAGCUGCCAAUUCAUAGCACGCGCAUCCAAUGUUUCUUUGCGACAUUGGCAGCAGAUGGGUGGAGUGAACAUCAAUGAGGACCUUGUAAUCGAUAAAACUAUUCACAGGGCCAUCAAUUCUCCGUCGGCUGUCUUAAAGAGAUAUGUGGCCGAUAUUGGAAAGACAUGGCCUGUGUUGAUUGUUUGUGGAGGAAUCUUGCCGUUGUUUUUGGCAGUGAUCUGGCUGUUAAUGAUUCGACAUUUUGUUGCUGCAAUGACAUGGAUAACGGUCGUCCUCUUUGAUGUUCUCAUAGUAUCUGUCACGAUGCUUUUCUAUGCAAAAGCUGGAUGGAUUGGACAUGAUGCUGUCUCUGCUGUCAUUGGAGAAAGUGAUCCAUACUAUCAAGUAAAUGCGAGGGAACUUAAUCAUCUCCGUGCUAUUGCUGUUCUUAUGACAAUUGUGAUGAUUAUCGCUGUCCUCUCAUCAAUAGCCAUUGUACGCCGCAUACUUAUGGCAACAUCUGUUCUGAAGGUUGCUGCAAAAGUCAUCGGCGAAGUUCAGGCUCUUAUCAUUUUUCCAAUCCUGCCUUAUACUAUCCUUGUGAUCUUUUACAUGUUCUGGUUUUCUGCCGCACUCCAUCUUUUCAGCUCAGGCCAGAUCCUCCGGAACGAUUGUAAUUCCAAUUGCUGUGCUUAUGAUCUCAAGGCCAACAGAGUGAAUUGCGAUAGUUGCUGUGGCUACAGCAUCCACUACACACCUCACAUUGCAAUUGCUAUCCUUUUUCACCUGUUUGGAUGUUUUUGGGCUACUCAAUUUUUUAUUGCAUCUUCUUCUACUGUGAUUGCUGGGUCAGUCGCUUCCUAUUAUUGGGCCCGUGGUGAAACAUCGCAGGAGAUUCCAUUUCUACCUGUAUUUUCCUCAAUGAAGCGGCUCAUGCGUUACAGCCUUGGAUCUGUGGCUCUUGGUUCUCUGGUCGUACCCGUUGUCGAGUCAGUCCGCUAUAUACUUGAGUCAAUCCGCCGAAGACUGAAGCUCAUUAAUGUUGCGCCAAUAAAUUGCAUUGGGAAAAUGAUGUCAUGUUCUUCCCAGUGCUGCCUUGGAUGUGUUGAUUGGACCAUCAAAUCCGUAAAUCACAAUGCUUACAUAAUGAUAGCGAUCACUGGCAAAGGGUUCUUCAGAGCUUCAUCAAUUGCGACAGGUCUUAUAAUGAACAACAUUCUCCGGAUAGGAAAAGUUAAUGUUAUUGGAGACGUCAUUCUCUUUCUUGGGAAGUUAUGUGUCAGCCUCUCCAGUGCUGUCUUUGCUUUCCUCAUGUUGGACACUCACAAAUACAAAUCUGCUCAUAACAAGAUCUCCUCCCCACUGUUUCCCGUUCUGGUCUGCUGGGCCCUGGGUUAUGUCGUGGCGACGCUUUUCUUUGGGGUGGUGGAGAUUGCAAUUGAGACCAUCAUCCUAUCCUUCUGCCAAGAUGCCGAGGAACAUCAAGGGACAGCGCAAUACGCCCCACCCCUUCUUAUGGAGACCCUCAAUGAUCAAGGCGAAAUGCAGAGACUCACACAAGGAUCCUAAUCUCAAGUAUCCUUUUGGUUGCUUAAUCAGAGAGAUAAGAUAUGACCAGGCCUACUUCUGAUUCUUCCUUCUCACAUCUGCUUUUUGUUACUUGCAUCUCGUCUACUAAAAAACUGUUUUUUCUUUUCUUUUCUUAUAUCUACCUUUUGGGCUCUCUCUUUUUCUUUUUUCUUUUUUUCUUUUUUUUUUUGGGUUUUCCUUUCAAUGUAUAGUAAGGGUUUCUUCAGCCCAUGUAUGUUCCCAUCGCUGCAUUGUGUGGAUUGACAAAUGGAGAGGGAAGACUCGUUGGGGGCACUUUAAUCUUUUUUAA